AUGUCGCUCAAACUCAUCCGUCUCGCUGCGGCGCUGCUGGCUCUCUCCAGCGGCGUCCUCGCCCAGGAGGGCGGUGCCACCGGUCCUUCCACCCUCAACCCAAGCUACAAGUGCGACCCCACCACUUGCGUGAUGCCCAAGUGCUACUGCGCCAGCAGCAACCCACCCGGCGGCCUCACUCCCGCCAAGAUCCCCCAGUUCAUUACUCUGACCUUCGAUGAUGCCGUCAACUCGGUCGUCGAGCCCGUCAUCUACAACUUGACCAACUACCAUGUCAACCCCAACGGCUGCCCUCUUGCGGCCACCUUCUUCGUCUCCACCCAGUGGACAGACUACUGGAGAGUCCAGAAGCUCUACGGCAACGGCCACGAGAUUGCCUGCCACACCAUGAACCAUAUCGGAAAUCCACCCGUCGAGGAGAUCCAGGGCUCUCAAAUUGCCCUUAACCACUACGGAGGUGUUCCCAAGAACUCGCUCCUGGGCUUCCGCCAUCCCUUCCUGCUCUACUCGACCCAGUCCUAUCAGAACCUGGCCUCUCUCGGCACAUUCCUCUACGACUCGUCCAUGGUUGUUGAGGCCAACACUCCUAUCUGGCCCUACACUCUGGACUUUGGCCCUGCCAUCGGAUGCGUUACCGGAUCUUGCACCGGCAACUUCUCGUUCCCGGGACUGUGGUCCAUUCCCAUGCCCAACCUCAACAACCCCGAUGAUACCAUCAACACCUCGAUGGACCCUCUCGCUACUGCCACUGCUCCGCUCACUUCGGAUGGCAUCUUGGCCAUGCUCAAGUUCAACUUCUUGAAGCAUUACAACGGACAGCGCACCCCCAUGGGUCUGUUCCUCCACGCCACCCCUGCUCUGCCCACGAUCGAGCCCCAGCGCCUGACUGCCUAUAUGCAGUUCAUCUCCUGGACUCAGUCCACCUACCCGGACGUCUACUGGGUCACCAACCAGCAGCUCCUGGCGUGGAUGCGCAAUCCCACCGACACCCAGGGCUCGCUGACCAACCCGGCUUUGGGCUGCACCAUCGCGGCCCGGGAUCCCUCGAAUGCCGAAGUCUGCGACGGUGUCGACAACAAGGGCGACGGCAACAUUGACAUUGGCCUGACCGAGUCAUGCUCCUACAUGGACCAGAAUGCGUACUUUUCGUCGUGCUUUGGCUGCCCCUCCAAAGCCCCCAACGUCUCCGAUCCCAACCCUUCGACCACCAGCACUCGCCAUUUCAUCCCGGAUGCCGGCUGCCCCAACGCCGGUACCUGGGAUCCUGUUGCGGGCCAGUGUGUCAACCUGAAGCGCAAGGUUGCUGUGGCCGGCGAGGCUCCCUUCAACCCCCCUCCCGGCAUCCAGAUCCCCGGCAUCUCCAACCAGAGCAGCACCUCUCCCUCCCAGGGCUCCAAGAGCGCUGCCGCCUCCCGCUUUGACUUUUCCCUCGCCUUGGCUCUCGUUCCGGCUGCUGCGUUUGCUCUGCUCACCCGCCACGCUUGAGCAGCUCCUGCGCGCUGGGUGGUCAGCUCUCCCCCCUCAUCUGCCUUUGACUCUAGAAUGCAGUCCAUCGCCUAUCCUUCAUCCUAAUCACAAUCACAAGGUCCACCAACGUUCCAUCGCCCUGCCGACGUUGGAUCUCUCCAUUUUUAUACUCGACUCAAGUGUCCCCCUCCAUCGAUCAUCAAAGAUUCGCUCACCUCUCCCUCUUUCCUCCCUCUUUCCCCCCUCCUCGUUGCCUGCCUGUCCAAGCCCUCAUUUUUACAGCCCCUGCCCAGCAUCAGGCUGUGCUGCACCGCAACCCAUGCCCUCUCCUACCCUCGCCCUUUUUAUAUCUACAGCGUACCCAUUUUGAAACGGGAAUCCCUGUUUUGAGUCAGGACUGUCGUUGAUUUACGGGCCUGAAUACACACACCGCC